UAAGGCAUUAUGUUAUAGUCCAGAAUGUGUCAGCUGUACAUAUUGUUUAUAUCUGUGCAUACACUAUGGUGAAGUGAUCCAGUAUCUCCCUAUAACUGCAAAGGAAACAAUGAAAUUACCUACAAGUGUGGGGCAAGUUUCAUCAGACUGCAGGGAUUACUCUCUUGUCUCUCUGUUCUCACACACACACACACACACACACACACACAGCCUCUUUCUCUUCAGUGCACACAGACACACACAACUCCAGUGACGUCAUCCAGAUCUCUACAGAUCUACUUGAGAGGACCCAAAAGAGCUAAAAGUGUCUCCCAGAUCUGCUCAUUUCAGUCUCAGCUAGGAAUCACUGGGGAUCUAGCAGGGAGAAUAUUGCACUAUUCCUGCAGCAGGGAUCACUUUACUGAGCAACUGCUAUGGAGCUUAGCCUUUCUAAGAAUGCCCUCUCCUAUGUUGACUUAGGGGGUAUGAAUCUGGAGAGGUUGCCUGAAAGUUUAAGACCCCAGCCGUCUCAUGACAUGGCCUCCAACUUCCAUUUGCAAAGAUCAACUGAAACUAGAGAUCCAAUUGAGAAUUCAGCCAGUGAAUCAUCUGAUACUGAAAUUGCAGAAAAAGACAGGAGUGGGGAGCCAAAAAGUGAAGAUGGCAAUGUAGAUGACCCAUCCAAGAAGAAAAAGCAGCGAAGACAGAGAACUCACUUUACUAGCCAACAACUGCAGGAACUAGAGGCCACCUUCCAGAGAAACCGCUACCCUGAUAUGAGCAUGAGAGAGGAGAUAGCAGUGUGGACAAACCUCACAGAAGCCAGAGUCAGGGUCUGGUUUAAAAACCGCAGAGCCAAGUGGAGGAAAAGGGAGCGCAACCAGCAAAUGGACCUAUGUAAGAAUGGCUAUGUUCCUCAGUUCAGUGGCCUCAUGCAGCCCUAUGAUGACAUGUAUGCAGGAUAUCCCUACAACAACUGGGCUACUAAAAGCCUGACCCCUGCUCCACUAUCUACCAAAAGCUUCACUUUCUUCAACUCAAUGAGUCCUUUGUCUUCUCAGUCCAUGUUCUCUGGCCCAAGUUCUAUUUCGUCAAUGAGCAUGCCAUCCAGUAUGGGGCACUCUGCUGUACCUGGCAUGCCAAAUUCAAGCCUAAAUAAUAUCAAUAAUCUUAAUAAUAUCAGUGGGUCCUCGCUCAACUCAGCUAUGUCUUCAACAGCAUGUCCAUAUGGACCUCCCGGUUCCCCAUACACCGUUUAUAGGGACACCUGUAAUUCCAGUUUGGCUAGCCUUAGACUUAAAUCCAAACAACAUUCAACUUUUGGAUAUAGCAGUUUACAAAGUCCAGGAUCUAGUUUGAAUGCUUGUCAAUACAACAGCUGAUGAACCGAGCAUCAAACCAUUGUGCCCUGUGGACUUUUGACUUUGAUAAAGGACCAGAAAUGUUUUGCAAGAGACACAAAAAAAUAACAAAAAACUAAUAAACAUGGAUGAGUUGCAAUCUUCUCUCUGGAUUAUGCGGGUUGUAUGUACUUGAACUUGCACAGGAUUUUCCAGUGUCCACUUUAUAGAGAGAUUUAGUGGAGGUAACGUUUUCAUCUAAAAUUUUUGGUAGUCAUCAAAGAUGGGGGAGAUGUAUUGUGGUCUACACUGAGAUUGGUGAUCAUUUGCUACUGCAAAACAGGUAUUUGCAGAGGAAGAGUCUAGGGGGAGAGGCGGGAGAGAGGAAAUAUUAAACUAAUAGGUAUUAAAAUAAUAAGGGUUAACCACUUAAAAAGGUUAUAUGUAAAUAUAUAAAUAUAUAUCUGCCGCUACAUUGUGUCUAAUGAGUGUGUGCCAUAGUUUAAUAAACUGGUUCAAGUGCAUGGAUUUCAAUGGUUGUCCAGAUAAAAAUGAUCAUUUAUUGGUUUAUUUGUUCCUCCUGUAGAAUGGAAACAUCCAAUAGCCCCAUAACCAUCCCAGUGAUCAAACUUAUAAACAGCAUUGCCUUCAUCAGUGACUUUCCCCAAACCAAACCAGUUGUAUUUAUCGUAUGCUUUGAUCAGUUGAUCAAUCUUAUUUAUCUGCAAUCUAUUUUAGCUCCCCAUGUAUCUUUUUAAUAUGCUAUGUAAAAUAAAUCGAAUAACUCCAGAUACCUAAUAGUGUGAAAAUGUAACAAUUCAGUCUUCGAAGUCAGUUUGCUUACCAGUCACAAAAAGUAUUCAGUCAAAGCGUGCAACAAAGCAAAGUAUUCUGGUGUAGCAAGAAUAGUGCUUUGCUGUUCUAAUUCAGAAUUUUUUUUAUCAUAUGGCAAUCAACAUUUUAGCCGGAUAUGUGCCAAUGUUUUUUCUCUAAGGAAACUCCAUAUAAAAUGCACAAAUGUCCCUCAUUCUCUCCUCUGCUCCCCUCCUUCUCUUCAGUGUAUUGUACACCUGUGGUAACUGUAAUGUGGAUGUUUGGAUGUUUAAUAAUGAUGUUGUGCAGGAUAAGAGAAUGCAGUGUCAUUUUUUUUUUAUAACUUAUGUUUUAGAUUUUUUUUUUGUGAAUACUUUUUUUUUUUUUCCAAAAAAUUAAGAGCAUGGGAAUAAAACAGAUUUAAGCAAAAGCUUCUUGGUGUUUUUUGCUAGUUAAAUUCUGUUAUUUAUUAUAAUGUAAUUAUGAAACAACUUU